AUGGCUCCGAAAAGAAAAAAACCCGCAACCAAGAAAGCCAAAAACGUCCAAGAAGUUGAUUCUGGUAGUCAACCCCCAACAAAGAGAAAACGCAGCGGUAAAAAAAUUGAUCCUGACACCAUGGACGUUGAUGAUCCUGGUACUGCUGACAGCCAGAUGACUGUACCAACAAGGUCUAUGCGCACACGAAAAGCGCUCCCAACUGCACCUCGGGACCCUCUUCCUGCUCGGGAUGGUCGCAACUCCCAUCCCGGGCUGAUUGUUGCUCCACGCUCAAAGCGGACUUCUGGACAGGUCGCUGCCGAGAAGGUAGCUAAAGACAACGCCUGGUUAGCUGCAGAAGCUACCCAUGCUGCAAAUAUGACUCAACUAAGCGAAAUGUUUGCGGCUGAGGAGACUGGCCGGGAGAUGGAAGAGAAUUUGAUUCCAACGCAAAAGCCUAGAGAGAAUGAACCAAGUGGUCUGGAUAUAGAGGCAGAGAGCGAAGAUGAGGAGCCUUCUAAAGUGAAAACGGGCCGCAAGAAAAAACCUGUUAAGGGAGAAACUCGGGCUCUGGUGGAGGGGGUGGAGAAGGCACUUGAGAUUGAAAGACUGGAGAGUAGGCUUGAAGCCCUCCGAAGAGGGGAAACAAAAGCUACAAUAGACAAUGUAGUUGAGGCGAAGAAAAAACCUUCACGUGUUGUACCUCCCACCGGUCUCUUGCCUUCAUUCAAACCCAGAUUGUCGACAGCACCACCUAAAGAGUUAAAGAGGCAAACUAGUAAAACUAGUUCUAGGACCUCUGUACUAAGCAAGACCUCACAAGAAGAUGGCGGGUUGCAAGAAAUCGAUAUCCAGGAUUUGCGGCCACAUAGCAAGAGUCAAGUAGCCACUGGAAGUUUAGUGGAGAAUGUGGAGGAUGGCGGCGAUCAGUUUCUUGCCUUGUGCGAGGAGCACGACCUCUCUGGUAUAGAUAGUCCGGACUCUUCCGAUGAUGAAAGCGACCACCUCCCAACUCAACUUCAGUUCUCGAACGUAUCUGCUACAGUAGUCAAGACACCCGUUUCCUCAGCCACGGUUCACAAGGCACCAAAAGGCAAGACUGCGAGCUCAAGGACACCAACGUCAAUACCCAGCACGCCCAACGUCUCAGACGAGCCACUGUCGCUUCCUACAUGGGCAGUGAGGAAAUGGCGGGAUACGAAGUUGACAGAGAUAAUUCAAGAGGUGGUUGAUGCCGUAUACAUCGAUGAAGAAUAUACAGUCGAUGGAUCCAAAGACGACGCCAUCUAUCAUAUUGCCUAUGACCGUGUCCGUGAAAAAAUAUCCGGUAUAGGGCGAUACACGCUCACCCUUGUCAAGCAACAUUUCGAACAGCAAUAUUACAAAAACAAACCAACUCGAAUCAGGAAGUAUGCUAAGUGGGCUAUGAAACCAAACGGCCCUGGAAUUUGUGAAGAGCCCGCACCCCAGCCCCUUUCUUCAUUGUCAAGCUCGGAUCCACUGUAUCAGAAAGCACGCGGCAUCUGUCUAUCGCCAUUCAUGGUUGAUACCAUGAAGGAGUUCAUACGGCAUGGGGCAGGAUCUGUCGAGUAUCAUGGAAACUUUAUCGGUUUGGUUGCACUAUCAGCAGCAGCAGUAACCCGGGCAUUCAGAAUGUACUCAAUCGACGGCAUAUUCACGAAGUCGGCAGGUUCUGACUUCGCCGAGGUUUAUUGGAACGACGUCGUACUCUCGUUCAUUGCCAGCGCAAAGACCUUUUCCAGAAACCAAUGGCAGCGUAUCAGAGACAAACUUGGUGUCGCCGAGGGGGAAUCUGAUCUCGGCCAUCCCAUCCAACCCAAAGUUGAGGUUUCGUUCUACGACACUGUUGCUGAGCUUUACACCCCGAGCAGUCCAUGAAAUCUGGUACUGUUUUACUGUUCACCUGCCCGUUCAUCCGACUCCUCUCCUACAAUACAUGCAAUCCGAAUUUCUAGUAUCUCAUUUCCCCCACCUGCACUCGUUCAAUCCACCUCGUUCCUCACGAUCCUUUCCGUAGUCUAUGCAUCAGCAUCCUAAUUAUCAUUUGCUUCCCCAUUCUUUUAUUUAUAAUAUCGCUGACUAUAUUCAUAUCUAUUAUCUACCAUACAAAGAAAUCUAAUGUUUUACUGUAAAGAUGGA